GUUCACUCACAUGCACCCGGCUCUGGGCAGAAAUAAUACAAAAUAAUAAUUAUUUAUUUGAUUUUUCAUUGAUUGAAACGUUUUCGACAUGGCUCUUUUGCAUUUUCGUACAACUUGAUUGCAAAGCAGUAAACAUGGCGCUAAGAAUGUUCAAAUUUUGUACCGUAUUGCGAUCUCUUCCGAUGAGAAGACAACGCCAGUGUUUUUCUGGACCACUCUCAAUAUUAGCAAAGAGAAAAUUUUCAUCCGAAACAAGAAGUCUCCAGUCAUUUGAUGAAAUGAUCGACAUGCGAAGAGGGCAAGCUCAGAGAAGCGUGUUGGUACAAGUUUACUCUGGCAAUUCAUACAGUGAUCUCUCAGAAUUGUGUCACGAGUUUGGCAAAGUGAGAGAGACAUUUUACUACACAACCAAUGAAGAACUGCACUUCAUGCUUGUCGAGUUCGAGUCAAAGGAGUCUGCCAGGAAAAUGAUGGACUCUGCGACGUUUGGCCAGCAAAUGCCUGCGGUCCCUUGCGUCACCCCUUUCUUGUGGAUGAGAGCAAACAACAUAAAAAAGGCUGGAAAAGGUACUCUCUGUCCUUGUCCUGAGGCCGUUUCGGACUCGGAAGCCAAGCCUGAAGAAAUUCUCCAUCAAAUGAGAUCAGCUCAGUCGAUUUCGCAACAAAUAUCUGUUUUGCGCAACUUGACAAAGAUGGCUGACGUCGGGACAAGACUGCGAUUUUUAACCGCCCGCCAGCUGGAGAUGUCUCUCUCCGGCGCCUUUCCUUUGAUUAAAGCUCUGCCUUUUGGCUCUUCUGUGAAUGGCUUUGGCAAAGCCGGCUGUGACCUGGAUCUUGUGUUGCAAUUGGGAGGGCUCGAAGAGGGCCAGGAAAUAAAAUCGCAGGGUAGUCGUCUCGUCUACCAUGGAAAAAACAAUCAGUCUUGCAAUGGAAGAGCUUUGGUGCAGAGACACAUGGAGGUCAUUGCCGAUUUCAUCCAGCACAUGCUGCCCGGUUUCUCUAAAAUUCAACGGAUACUACACGCCAGGGUUCCUAUUAUAAAAUUCAGGCAUGAUCUGACCAUGGUUGAAUGUGAUCUCUCCAUGACGAAUAUGACUGCCCUGUAUAUGUCUGAACUGUUGUACUUGAUGGGAGAAAUCGACAGUAGAGUGCGUCCUUUGGUGUGCUUUGUUAGGAAAUGGGCCCAAUCAAACGGCCUUACGAACCAAACCCCAGGAAGAUGGAUUUCCAACUUCUCGUUAACACUGCUCACCAUUUUUUAUCUCCAAAAGAAGAUGGUGCUGCCUUCUCUAGGAACCCUAAUUCACCUUGCAGGUCCGAAUGAUAAAAGAAUGACUGCUGAUGGAAUCAAUUGCACCUUUCUGAGGGACCUGUCCAACCUAUCAAUUUCCAAAAAUGAAGAGACACUGGCUGAACUCCUUACUGGCUUCUUUGAUUUUUAUGCUGGGUUUGACUUCGCAUCUAAAGGCCUGUCUCUGGUUUCUGGAAAGGAAAUGCCCAAACCAGAACAUUGCCCACUCUACAUCGAAAAUCCAAUGGAGAGAUAUUUGAAUGUAAGCAAAAACGUCAGCCCAGAAGAAACAGUCAGGCUUCAGGUGGAGCUGCGAAACUCUUCGUGGCUCUUGGAGCAAAUUCAAGACGAAGAGCAGAAUGGGAGAGAAAGCCAAAACUGGGGUGUGCUCAAACUGUUGCUGAAAUCGGACACGUCUGGUUUCAAAGUGCCAAAACCCAAAACCUUUCGAUUAGUGCAAGUGAAGGACCUUUUUAGUGAGCAGGAGAACGGUUUUAGCCAACCUCGACCUUUUCUGAGGGACGUUAACAAGUCUAAACCAAAGAGAAGAUAGGAAACACUGUUAUUAUUUGCAAUAAAAACUUCAUUUCUCUUAAAAUAUGC